UAAGAGAAGCAUGGGGAGUUGCUAGAGGGAAAAUGGAUUCUUUAUUUCACGUCCUGGUUUCUACCUGUCUUGCCUUGACAUUCUCAGAAGGGUUUCUGAUUAUCCAUGUCCAGAAACAGCAGUGUCUUUCAGAAAAGAGAGGAGUCAUUAUGGAAAAGUGCAAUAUGACAAACCUCAACCAGAAGUGGCGGUGGACAGCAGAUGACAGGCUCCUCCAUGUGAAAUCUGCCCAGUGCCUGAGCAUCUCUACGCGCUCUGCUCUGUCCUCUCGCAGCAUCAUCAUUGAUUGUCCCCAGGCAGUCAGGUGGACUUGCCACGAGGACGGGCUCCUGAAGGUGGCAAACAGCUCUCUUUUUCUCACAAAGCAAGGUCAGAAGGUAAUGGCCAAGCAGAGUAAAAAAUACCUUCAUACAUGGAUGCAGCUAGAAGCCAGUGAGACGGGAAAACCUGUUUAUGUAAAUCUGUGCUCAAAGCAAGAUCUCCAAGAUGCAGACACUUCUGUAUGGAGUAGUAGAACUACAUCCCCCUCUUCAAAUGCUGUUACUUCUAGGCCUGAAAAUAUGCUGAAGAGUAGCACAGAGAUGUUCAUCAGAAAUGUGACUGAACGAUUCAGUAAAAAUCCCAUUGAAAAGCUCUACUUUGACUUGAAAUCUGCAGUAACAGAGAAUGCCUGGAUUCCAACAACCACUCUUCAAUACUACAGCACCACAGAAGAGGCCGCGCUGGGGCAGGCGGGAUGCAGCGCCAACCUGACGGAGCAGCGCGUCUUCGGGCAGAGCGUCCGGCUGCGCUGGGACGCCGCGGGUCGCGCCUGCAACUUCAGCCUGAGCGGGCGCUCCGAGGACGGGGAGGCGGCCGGCUGCCAGCCCGCCCACGCGGGCAACGGGACCUACGACUGCACCCUGCGGGGCCUGGAGGCCGGGACCUGGUACCACCUCCACAUCGAGCCGCUCUCCGGCGGGGAGGCUCUCAACAUCUCCGUGCAGACAGAUCCCUUGCCACCAUCUCGUUUGGAAAUUAAUAAGGAAAAGACUACACUUACAAGCUUGGAAGUUCAAUGGUAUCCUUCCUCAGGAAAGGUGGACUUGUAUAACCUAAUAUUAUUUGAUGAUGAUAAUAAAAAGAUACAAGAAGUCUCCGUACCAGGAAGCAUUUCAAAAACAGAAAAUACGUUUUUUAAUCUCAUCCCUGGGAAUAAAUACAACAUUGUCCUCAGUGCAAUUGCUGGAAAUAAGACUACCCCAGAACUUCACAUAAGUGGAUAUACUGCCCCUGCUGAAGUCUUAGAUUUGACAGUGACUAAUGAUGACAGCUUAGAUGCUUUAAAAGUUAAGUGGAGAAAACCUUUGGGAAACUUCGAUUUCUAUAAUAUCACUCUGUCUCAUCUUGGAUCAGUUAAAGGAGUCAAAAUUGUGCAGCCACCAAUCACCGAGACUCACUUUGAUAAGCUAACUCCAGGACGUCUUUAUCAGGUUACUGCCCGCACAAUCAGUGGUGAACUGUUUACUGAUGGGAUGGCAACUGGCAGGACAUUUCCCCAGAACGUUUCAGAGCUGCAGGCCGGUUCUGGUGGCUGGCUGAGGUCUCUGCGAGUGACCUGGCUGCCCCCUGCGGGAGACUGGGAGAGGUACCACCUGCUCCUGUGGAACCGCACGGCCCUGCUGCUUAACACCACCCUCGAGAAGAACACUACCGAGUACCUCAUCUGCGACGUGGGCCUCAUCCCUGGGAGGGAGUACGGCGUGGAUGUUGUUGUGGAGAGUGGUGAUUUGCAGAGCAAGACUAGUUGCACGGGGAGAACGGCUCCAGAGCCUGUUCUCCAGCUCCGUGUGAAGCAUGCUAAUGAAUCUUCACUUAGUGUCAUGUGGAUGACCCCUGUUGCAGAAUGGGACAGCUAUGUGGUUUCCCUGGGAGACAGUGAUCUUACUAUCAUAAAAAAAGAGCUUGAAAAAGAAGCUAAGGAAUUCACUUUCACUGGCUUGGUACCAGGAAGAAAAUACACAGCUACCAUCACAACCAUUAGUGGGACUUUAAGCAACUGGACUUCAGUGGAAGGAAGAACAGUGCCAGCCCAAGUGACUGAUCUGAUUGUGGCAAGUCAGGGAUCAACCAACAGCUUAUUCACCAACUGGACAAGAGCUCCGGGAGAUGUAGACUCAUACCAAGUGCUAUUGAUUCACGAGAAUGUUGUCAUUAAAAAUGACACUGUUCCCAGUGAAACCAACAGAUAUCACUUCUAUGCUCUGAAACCUGGAGGACUCUAUUCAGUUGUUGUCACCACUGUCAGUGGAGGGAUAUCUUCAAGGCAAAAGAUUGCAGAGGGAAGUACAGUUCCUUCCAGCGUGACUGGAGUAACAGUAAAUAACUCAGGUCGCAGUGACUACCUCAGUGUGUCUUGGCUGCCAGCUUCUGGAGAUGUAGACAGUUACUUGGUAACACUCUCUCACCAUGACCAGAUUGUUCAGACUCUCACCAUUCCCAAAUCCUUCAGUGAAUGCUCCUUCAGCAACCUUACUCCUGGAACACUUUACAAAGUGAUGAUAACCACAAAGAGUGGGAAGUAUGAAAAUUAUACCUUCAGCCAGGAACGAACAGUCCCUUCAAGUGUUCAGGGACUUACUGUCAGCAAUUCAGCCAGAAGUGACUACUUGAGGGUGUCCUGGUUACAUGCAUCUGGGUAUUUUGAUAAUUAUGAAGUGAUCAUCAGGAACAACAACGAUUUCAUCCAAACAAAAAGUGUCCCAAAGGAUGAAAAUGAAUGUGUGUUCACUAAUCUGGUCCCAGGGAGGCAGUACAGUGUCACGGUCAGCACAAGGAGUGGGAAAUACGAAACUAGUGAAAGGGUCUAUGGCAGAACAAUGCCAGAGUCAGUGAAGGAACUGACUCUUAGUAACAGGAGCACAGAAGAUCUGCAGGUAACUUGGUCAAAGGCUGAGGGGGAUGUUGAUAAAUAUGAGAUUCAACUCCUCUUCAAUGAUAUGAAGAUCUUCCCACCCAUUUUCCUUGGGAACACCAUUGAGGAGUAUUGGUUCACAGCUCUGACUCCAGGACGUCUAUACAAAAUUCUUGUCUUGACCAUCAGUGGAGAUGCACAACGUGCUACUUUCAUAGAAGGCCUGACAAUUCCGAGCGUGGUCAGAAACAUUCACGUGUCACCUAAUGGCAUGACAAACAGCCUGAAAGUGAGCUGGACUCCUGGAGGUGGAGAUGUUGAUUCCUAUACGGUGACCAUAUUUCAGCAAAACCAUCAGCUUGAUUUCCAGAGUGUCUCCAAACAUGUUUCCGAGCACACAUUUCACAAGUUGGAAGCUGGGGAGCAGUACCGGGUGGUGGUGCAGUCUAACAGUGGCACCUUGCACAACAGCGUAGCAGCUUUUGGGAGAACAAUUCCAGCCUCUGUCCAGGAAUUAUUAGCUGAUCAUGCUUACAGCAGUCAUUCCUUGUUAGUAACCUGGCAGAAAGCUCCUGGUGUAGCUGAGAGAUAUGACAUUCUGCUCUUGAAUGAACAAGGAGUCCUCCUGAGCAACAAAUCAGAGCCAGCUGCUGCCAAACAGCACAAAUUUGAAGAUUUAUUAGCUGGCAAGAAGUAUAAAAUACAAGUUUUGACAGUCAGUGGUGGGCUCUUCAGUAAGCGUGCAGAAACUGUUGGCCGAACAGUUCCAGCAGCUGUUACAAAUCUGAAAGUCACAGAGAACACCACUGAUCGACUGUCCUUCAGCUGGACCACCUCGCAAGGGGAGCUUGAUUCAUAUGACAUCUUCCUGUACAACCCAGACAAAUCCCUUCAUGACAGGAUUUCAGGAGAGCAGCACCUCCAGCAGUGUUCAUUCCAGAACCUACGUCAAGGCAGGAUGUAUCGAAUGGUGAUUGUUACCCACAGUGGAGACCUCACUAAUGAGUCAUCUAUCUUUGGAAGAACAGUACCUGCCCCAGUCGUUGGUCUCAAGGCAUCCAACCGAAACAUGACAGACAGUCUGUGGUUCACCUGGGGUCCAGCAGCAGGAGAUGUUGACUUCUAUGAGCUGAAUCUUUACAACCCAAAUGGGACACAGAAAGAAACCUGGCAAAGGAAAGACCUGAAAGAGUGGCAUUUCCAGGGGCUCAUUCCUGGCAGAAAGUACACUUUGGUUGUGGUGACUCACAGUGGUGAUCUGAUCAACACAGCAAACGCUGAAGGAAGAACAGCACCCAGCCCCCCUAACACUGUAUCGUUUACUGAUGUUGCAAACACCUCUUUAUCAGUCACGUGGCUGGGUCCUCCAGACUGGACAGACUAUGACGAUUUUGAGUUGCAGUGGCUUCCAAAGGAUCCCCUCACAGUAUUCAAUCCCUACAGCAGCAGCAAAUCUAAAGUACGUAUCAUCUAUGGCCUGCGACCAGGAAGACUCUAUGAGUUCAGUGUCAGAACCGUCAGUGGCGACAACUGGAAGACAUACAGUCAGUCACAGUCUGCAAGUGUGAGAACGAAACCAGACAAGAUACAAAGUCUUCACUGUCGGCCCCAAACCUCCACUGCCAUCGCGUGUUCCUGGACUCCUCCUGAUUCUGACUUUGAUGGGUAUAGCAUUGAAUGCAAAAAAAUGGACACUCGUGAAGUGGAAUUUUCUAAAAGGAUAGAAAAAGACAAAUCUCUACUUAAUAUCAUGACCCUCGUUCCCCAUAGACGAUACCUGGUGUCCAUCAAGGUGCAUUCUGCAGACAUGACGAGUGAAGUAGUUGAAGACAGCACCAUCACAAUGAUUGAUCGUCCCCCUCAGCCACCUCCAGACAUACGAGUGAACAAAAGAGAGGUACUGAUUACCAAAUCCUCCAUCAACUUUACUUUUAACUGCAGCUGGUUUAGUGAUACUAAUGGAGCUGUGAAGUACUUUACUGUGGUUGUGAGAGAGGCUGAUGGUAGUGAAGGACCAAAGCCUGAUGAGCAGCACCCAUUACCUUCCUACCUGGAGUACAAACACAACGACUCUAUACGCAUCUACCAGACAAAUUAUUUUGCCAGUAGAUGUGCUGAAAAUCCGGACAGCGACUAUAAAAGCUUUGACAUUAAGCUUGGAGGAGAAAUGGAAAAUCUGGGAGGAAAGUGUGAUCCAGAUCACCACAAAUUCUGUGAUGGACCUCUAAAGCCUCAAACUGCUUAUAGGAUCAGCAUACGAGCUUUUACCCAGCUUUUCAGUGAAGACCCAAAGGAACUUCCUAAACCACUCUUUGCAGAUACCUUCUUCUCUUUGCCCAUCACUACAGAGGCAGAGCCUCUGUUCGGAGUUAUUGAAGGUGUGAGUGCUGGCUUGUUUCUGAUUGUGAUGUUGGUGGCUGUUACUGCUUUAUUUGUCUGCAGACAGAAAGUUGGCAGUGGCCAUGAGAGAUCUACAGCAAGGCUGAGCAUUCGCAGGGACAGGCCACUGCCAGUCCAUCUGAACCUGGGGCAAAAAGGGAACCGGAAAACUUCCAGUCCAAUCAAAGUCAGUCACUUUGAAGCACACUUCACCAAACUUCAAGCAGACUCCAACUACCUUCUGUCCAAGGAGUAUGAGGACUUGAAAGAUGUGGGUCGAAACCAGACGUGUGACAUAGCACUUUUGCCAGAGAACAGAGGGAAAAAUCGAUACAAUAAUAUAUUACCCUAUGAUACAUCAAGAGUGAAGCUUUCCAAUGUGGAUGAUGACCCUUGCUCAGACUACAUUAAUGCAAGCUACAUACCAGGCAAUAAUUUCCGCAGGGAAUACAUAGCAACUCAGGGCCCUUUGCCUGGCACGAAAGAUGAGUUCUGGAAGAUGGCAUGGGAGCAAAAUGUUCACAAUAUUGUCAUGGUAACCCAGUGUGUUGAGAAGGGCCGGGUAAAGUGUGAUCACUACUGGCCCCUCGAUCAGGAUUCCUUGUACUAUGGAGACCUGAUCGUUGAGAUGUUGUCUGAAUCAGUGCUCCCAGAAUGGACAAUAAGAGAGUUUAAAAUCUGCAGUGAAGAGCAGCUUGACUCAACAAAGCUCAUUCGUCACUUCCACUACACUGUAUGGCCAGACCAUGGUGUGCCAGAGACCACCCAGUCCCUGAUUCAGUUUGUCAGAACUGUAAGAGAUUAUAUCAACAGGACCCCAGACACAGGACCAACUAUUGUACACUGCAGUGCUGGUGUUGGCAGGACUGGCACAUUCAUUGCACUAGACCGAAUUCUGCAACAGCUGGAUUCAAAGGACACUGUCGACAUUUAUGCAGCAGUACAUGAUCUAAGGCUUCACCGUGUUCACAUGGUUCAGACAGAGUGUCAGUAUGUGUAUCUACAUCAAUGUGUGAGAGAUGUGUUAAGAGCCAGAAAACUUCGCAGUGAACAAGAAAAUCCCUUAUUUCCAAUAUAUGAAAAUGUGAAUCCAGAGUAUCACAGAGAUGCUGUUUAUUCAAGGCACUAAGAAUGUUAGAGAUAUCUACUUUUGUGACCACACUUGUUAACUCGGGGGUUUGUUUGGGGUUUUUUGUAUGUGUAUUUCAUGCACCAGAAAGGUGCCAGACCUUUCUGCUGAGACUGUAUAAUUUAUUGGUCUGGUGAUUUUUUAAAAAGAUAUAUAAUUUAAAUAUAAUAGGUAUUAAUGUAUAUAAUUGUAUUUUGGCAUUAUGUAAAUAUGUAUUUUUUCUAUAUUGUUUAUAUUAAUAUUAUGCUUCAGAUAAUGCUAUUUUUUUUCUUAUCACGGUUUUUAUAAACUGUUCUACAUAAACUAUUUUAAAUUCAAUGGCUAACAGGACUGCUGCAUCUGGGGCGGUAUUGGCAUGACACAGGAAAAAUCCUUUAAGGAGAACCUCAUUUUUUUUAACUAGUUCAGUGUUUGUGAGAUGAAAUAAGCUACUAUUAAGCAAGGGAACAGUAGUCCUGUAUAGGAGUUACAAUGCUACUCUACACUUAAACUUACUGCUUUUCAUCUGAGAAAAAUGGGUAUAACCUGUAACACAAUGGCAUACCUUUUACAGAACUCAGUAACAACUGAGCAAAACAGGAUUCACCUCACCGGAAGCAACCGUUUCACUCUAAUGUGACAUAGGAGAAAAAUAUUGAACAUACGCUGCAGUGAAGUCUAAUAGACCUAUCUCCCACCACAUACUUUGAGGGGAGACAGGUCACAUUCUGAUUUCUUUACACUGGUUUAAGAGAGCAGAAUCAGACCACAACCUGUCUGUGCGUUUUCAUGUGUGAAUAAUUAUAAUUAAGAAAAAUGUUCAAAAAAUGCCUCAGACAUUUGUGUUAACAGACCAGUGAGGAUGUGAAGUCUGACAACUUCCUUAGCUCGUUAGAAACAAUGUUGUACCAUGAGAGCCAAAAAGUAGAUAGAUUGCAAACAUAUAUAUCUCCAACAAUUAACACAACUGGCUUUAUGCU